AAACCAAAUGCCUGGAAAUAGGGUAAAUUUUAGGCCCGAAAUUUUCACCCUCCAUUUGAGGGUAAAACGUUACCCUAGACCCCCCCAGUGUAACAAUUAGGGCUGUAAAUGUUCACCCUUCACUUUUGCAGCCGUCACUCAUCAAUUCUCCCUCAACUCUUUACUUUCUCUCUCAUAAAUUCUCUCUCCAAUCUCAACCAUUCCUCCACCACCAACCUCUCUCGCCGCCGUCACGCUCUCUCGCCGCCGUCACGCUCUCUCUCUCUUACUGCCGUCCCUCGAUCUCUUGCCGGCGUCGCCAUCUCCUCUACCGUUGUUGUCAUCUUCAUCAGCAGCGACUCGAUUUCUUAAUUUGCUGAUCUACGAAUUUGGUGAUCCAAAGUUGCAGAUCUACUAAUCUAUAUUUUAAAAUGAAUGGAAAUGAGAAGAAUGCUCCAAGGAGAUGGAUUGGCGAAGAAGAUGAUUUGUUGGUCCAAUUUCUAGUUGAAAUGAAUACAGACGGGAAAUGGAAAGCUGAAGGAGGCUUUAAAAGUGGUUAUUUGACUCAUUUAGAGAAACUAUUUGGUGAAAAGAUGCCUGAAGCUAGAUUAAGAGCUACAAAUAUUGAUUCAAGGUUGAGUUAUUUGAAGAAACGGUUUAAUGCAUUACUGGAAAUCAAGCAUAAAGGUAGUGGUUUCGGUUGGGAUGAUAAUUUGAAGAUGGUGACCGGUGAUCGUAGUUUGUUUGAUGAUUGGGCUAAGAGUCACAAAGAAGCAAAAGGCUUGUACCGGAAACCAUUUCCUUUGUUUGACAAUCUUGAAGAAAUCUUUGCAAAGGACAGAGCAACUGGAUUGAAGUCUGCAUUGCCAUUUGAUAGAGAUGAUCAAGAGAGUGUUCAAGAAACCCCUCAAGAAGCUACAUCUAUAAAGCCAAAUGAAGUCGAGGUGUCUACCGAGGUGUCUAAUGAAGUAUCUACUGAAGUGUCUGGAACUAGUAAAAGGAGUAUAGACGAGGGCUCAUCUAAGCAACCAACUAAGAAGAAAUUGCGAACGACCAACAAAGAGAUUCAAAUUGUUCAAAAAAAUCUUGAAUUAAUGAUGGGAAAGAUGCUGGAGAAUAGCAAUAGUCAGAUUGACAAGUUGGUAAGUGUUCUUGAAGGCCCCAAAAAUGUCAAGAUUGGUUUACGUGAAGAGUUAGGGAAAGUUCCCGGCAUUUCAAGGGUCAAUGCUCUUUCUUUGUGUGUUAAGAUGACUGAAGAUGAGAUUGUGAUUUUCCGGGACUUGACUGAUGAUGAUGAGAAAUAUGAUUUCCUAUCAAUGAUUUUAGAAAAAUCUUAGAGGUUUGUAUGGGAGAUAAUUUUGAUCUUAGACUUUCAGUUUGUAAUUAAUUUGACUUUGACAUUGUGCCAUCUUGGACUUUUUUGACAUUUGAGUAAUUUAUUUGGUGAUGUUUUAUUUUUAUUAUUGUGUUUGGUUAAUAUAAUGUUAUAUAGAGGAAUAUUUUUUUAGUUUUUGCAGCUGAUUAAACACAGGAAUACUAUGUUAUACAGGAAUAUUGUAUACACAGCAACUGUUUCACCCAUACCAAACCCAUUAUUUUUUAAGCCCAUUAUUUAUUACCCUCAUACCAAACCCUUGGAAUUUUUAUGCCCAGUAUAAGUUUCCCCCAAUAUUAGUACUCCCUUAACAGUUGCAGCCUAAUCAUUACCCCCUUAACUAUUGUGCUAAAUCCAGGCGGGCC